AUGGUCCUUUCCGGAUCCCCCGACGAGCAGGACGGUGGACCUCCGAGGAACAGUCGACGACGACUCAACCACUACAUCAGAAUGUUGACCACUGCAGCUUUUAUUCUCAUUGUCACCAGUAAAGUUGUCCUAGGACAGGAUGACAGAGUGCCUGUUGAUGGACAGACAUAUAAACUGGAUAUGGCACUGUAUUCAGUUGAUGACUGGUAUUAUGGUUGUGAAAAGGAAAUGGAAUCACUGGUGAGAAGUGAAUAUCUACGCAAAGACAUUUCUGCUGACAUAUCUAAAUUUGGAAAAGCUUUGUUAAACAGUAUAGAAGAAAUGCCUGCAAAACUAAAUAUUAAACAUAAAUUAAAAAUGUACCACUUAAUUGCAAUUUAUAUGUACAGUUACUCUAAACCUACAAAAAAUCAUGGGCUAUAUAAAGAGUUCAAUCUUGAUGUUAGAACUGGUAAACAAAAAUACGAAAAAAAGACAUACAGAUGGUAUUCACUUCACUUUUUGUUGACAGAAGCGAUAGAGAUUUUAAAGAAAACGCAACAGGAAUGUAAAUUAACUUAUCGUGGUACCAAACUUAAGUUUAAUGAGAAUGUUCUGAACACAGAGAUUCGUUUUGGCUCAUUUGUGUCCUCCUCUGUUGAUCGUGAAAUAGCAAAGCGUUUUGGAACUAAAUCUUGUUUUGAAAUUCUGGCUUGUCAAGGUGCUGAUGUGUCAGAAUACUCUAUGUUAAGUUAUGAGAAAGAGGUGUUGAUUCCCCCAUAUGAGAAAUUUAAAGUCACUGAAAUAAAGAAGGGUGCCUGGUGUAACACUGUGUUUGUGUUAAAGAGCUCUGGUCUAAAAAGUACUUUAAACUGUGCAAUGACUCCAACUGGGACACGAGGACACAGUGAAUCGUUCUCAAGACGUUCGCUCACCUCUGCGCUGGUUACAGCUUCUAGGUAG